CCAAAUCCGUGCCUGCUCUCUUGUUUCCUUGCUGAUUUUCUAUCAUCUAAACUGUUGCUUCCGCUGCAAAACUUGCGCCUGCAUUCCUGGUUCUUGCCAUGGGGUAGAUUCUCUGUUUUUUUUCUUUUAUUACAAGGUUCCCUCAUCUUUUUCUGAGAGAAUAGAGUGGGAUAGAAUGACUUCGUCCUGGCUGGAGCUGGACUUCGUCCUCCUUCCAAACUGCGGUGGGUGGAAGGGUCUUGGGCUCACAUGGCGCAUGCCUUGUCAUUGUCUCUCCUCCCCCCUUUCACUUUAACCGGCUUCUUGUGGGGUUCUUGGUUCUUUCCACCCGAUCCCAAGCCAUGGCCGGCGCCUUGGUAACGCCGCACCACGUCGGGGCCGUCCCAGGCGUAGGACGCGUACCUUGCUGCUAUCUUGGCUGAGCACCGGAGGCUGCGGAUCGAGGCGUUACCAUAGCGUUUGUAGACGAUAGCUGGGCGGGUGCUCAUGGAUAUGGAGACGCGGCCGGCGGCAGAGGGGUCGGCGGAGCCGUUCCUGCCGCUGCGGUGGGAGAGCACGGGGGACCAGUGGUGGUACGCGACGCCCAUCGACUGGGCGGCGGCCGGCGGCCACUACGACCUCGUCCGCGAGCUCCUCCGCCUCGACGCCAACCUCCUCGUCAAGCUCACCUCCCUCCGCCGCAUCCGCCGCCUCGAGUCCGUCUGGGACGACGACGCGCGCCUCGCGGACGCCGCAAGGAACCGCGCCGCCGUCGCCCGCCGCCUCCUCCUCGACUGCGACCCCAGCGGCGAGGGCGGCCCCAACAACCGCCUCGUCCGGGCCGGGUACGGCGGCUGGCUCCUCUACACGGCCGCCGCGGCCGGGGACGCCGGGUUCGUCCGGGAGCUGCUCGCGGCGCAGCCGCUGCUCGUGUUCGGCGAGGGGGAGUACGGCGUCACCGACAUCCUCUACGCCGCGGCGAGGAGCGGGCGCCCCGAGGUGUUCCGGCUCCUGCUCGACGCGGUCCUGUCACCGGCGUCGUGCCCUGGUGAGGAAUUCAGGCGCGAGAUGAUGAACCGCGCCGUGCACGCUGCGGCGAGGGGAGGCAACCUGGAGGUGCUCAGGGAGCUCCUGCGCGGGUGCUCCGACGCCGCGGCAUACCGAGACGCGCAGGGAUCGACAAUCUUGCACGCCGCCGCUGCAAGGGGACAAGUUGAGGUUGUCAACGAUCUCAUUGCAUCUUUUGAUAUAGCCAACUCUGUAGAUGACCAAGGGAAUACAUCAUUGCAUAUAGCAGCCUUUAGAGGCCAUCUGCCAGUGGUCGAGGCUCUCAUUACUGCAUCGCCAUCUCUUAUAUCAGCAACGAAUGAAGCUGGUGACACGUUCCUUCACAUGGCACUGACUGGCUUUGGGACUCCUGGAUUCCGAAGGCUUGAUCGUCAGAUGGAGCUUGUAAGGCAAUUAGUUGGUGGAGCAUUCGUGGAUGUCAGCAGCAUUAUAAAUGUGCAAAAUGACGAUGGAAAGACAGUUCUUCACUUGGCUGUGGUUGGCAAUCUGCAUUCGAACCUUGUUGAACUCUUGAUGAGCAUGCCUUCUAUUGACCUCAACAUCCAUGACAAUGAUGGCAUGACUCCUCUGGAUUUACUCAGGAAACAGCCUCGAACGGCAUCAUCAGAAAUACUGAUCAAACAACUGAUUUUAGCAGGUGGAAUCACAAAUUCAAGGGACCAUGAGACCAGGUCAGCUAUCGCAUCUCAGCUGAAGAUGCACUGCAUUGUAGGAAGCCCAGGGACAUCUUUCAAGAUAUCAGAUGCUGAGAUUUUCCUUCACGCUGGAAUUGAUGUGUCAGGCAUCAGUGAAAGGACAACAUCAUUUUCCUCUAGUGUUGGUAGGGUUGAUGCUGAAAUCCCAGGACCCAAACUGAAGAGGCUGAAUUCUUUCCAAGAUGCAGCGAAACAUAUUAAGGUCCUUCUCAAAUGGCCUCGCCGCAAGGGGAAGAAACCAGGUGGAGGCCAAAAGGAUCUGGAUGAUGAUGCCUCGUCAGUGGACUCUGUUAAGAGCUGGAGCCAUGGAGAGACUCCGACACCUCUGAGGCAAAGGUACUCCAGGAUCAGCUCCCUGUUCAACAACAAGCGGACCUAUGCAGGCACGAGUUCACCUAGUGAAGCAAUGAAGAAGAGUGGAGUGUUACAGCCUGAAUCUGUUCCAGCUUCUGCCUCUUGGUCAUCAUCAUCGUUGGUUGACAAGAUUGAAGCUGUCCAUCUGGACAAUGACCAGCCAUCUCCUUAUUUCAGUAGGCUGAUCAGGCAUACACCUAAGAAAUAUGCAUCUCUGAACAGUAGACUUAUGAACCAGCCCUUGCGCCUCGGGGCAUAAGGACUAACUGACGAUAUAUGUAUAUAUGUAUUACUCACAGCUGAUCAUCCUACUGAGUUGCAUGAUGCUGGAGCUAACCAAGCCAUCAAUCAGGUCAAUCAUUUUGGUACCUUUGAUGGGCUUCCACGCCGUCAUGAUCCUUCACAUGUUGUCACUCACAGGAUACAAGCUAGUAUGGAAUUUGCUGCUAAUUUGUGCCGGUGUAAUUUUCAAAGGAAGGUAAGCAGAUGGGCAGAUAUUUCGGUGGUUGUCAAUUCAGUGGUAUGAGCUGUAGCACGGUAGCAAUCUAAUAAAAAAUGAUUACAAUUUUCAACUUCUCUGAUACCAGACAGAUGAUCGUCAAUUUCUAGCUGCCUUGCCACAGCAGGCAGGGGUUAGUGCCUGUGUCGUUUGAGUGUUUUGAGUAAUUGAGUUUAGUUGUGUUUGUGUGUAACUAUUGCUGAGCUAUACUAAUGUGAGACGCUCGCAACGUAUAGUAUGUGCAGUUUUUUUGUCGGACAUGAGUUUAAUUAACUUGAAGCGUAAUAAGAAGUGAUUUGGUUUUGUCAUA